UAUCACAACAAUUUUCAAACAUAGAUUUAAACAUUGAUUUGAAAAGGUAGUUGCAUCCUGAUGACUUGAUAUAUACACAUGUUUUUGUCCACCAUUCUUAUACUAUUUGAGCCUCGUCUCUCGUGUUUUAGGUCGAUUUCACGCUAGGUUUUUCUUGUUUGUGACAUUUCAGGUCCUAGUACGUGAGUGAAGGUUUGAGCAUGAGUUCGGGGUCGAUUGGACGAAGUUGGGACGUUUGAUGAAAAGUUAAGGAAAACACACGACCGUGUGACUAGGCCGUGUGGAACCCCUUUUGCGCGGGCAAAGCCACACUGGCCGUGUAAGGGCCCUUUUUGGCCGUGUGAGAUUUCCAGAGAGUUCACACGGGCAGACAUAAAUUCCACAUGAUCGUGUGGUUUUGGUCGUGUAACGCACCAAGAGUCACUUAAUCGAACGCAACGUUUUGGAGAGCCGCACGGGCAGACCUAAAUUUCACACGAUCGUGUGGCCUGGCCGUGUGAUUGGGCAGAACUGGGGUUUUAACCCAAUUUUGGGUCUUUGAAGAGGGAGACGAAUUUCCAGUGCAAAAACAAAUUCCUAGAGAGAGAAAGUGCGAAGAACAAACCUAGAGGUGAUUUUGGAGCUGGGUUUCAUCAAUCAAGCUUGGAUUUCAUCCUUGGAGUGAAGAUUAUCAUCCCAAAGCAGAUUCUUCCCAUCAUUAUGAGUAUGACUGCUUUGUAUUCCGUUUUCCUCUCUCUCUAUAUAGAGUAGAACUCUCCCUCACUUGGGUUUGAAGAACCCUAGUUCCAUGUGUUUGGGAUAAUGAUUGUAAUGACUUUUUGAUUGAUAUAUUGUUUGAUUAUAAUCGAUUGAUGCAUGAUUCAUUGAGUCAAUUGGAGUCUGAUCAACUUUUCUUUAUUUCUGCUGCAACCAGAGGUAGAUAAAAUCUGAUUAGGUUGUUAUAGCUUCUUCAAUCAAUAGUAGUGAAUCGAUUAUACAAGAGUUAGUCGAUUCAUUGAUUUGUACUGGAAUCCAAUUUCAGUAGUGGAUUUCUAUGUCAAUUGCCUCAGCGUUCUAUCCCGGUGAAGACUAGUCGUCUGCCGGGUAGUCUGUCUGAGAGGGCUUGGUCAGGUUAAGAGAUUCCAAAGCUACUGUCGGAUCUUCUGCAGUUUAAUCAACAGUAAAUAAACCAAAGGAAAUUACAACUUUGACCUAACUAAGGAGCUAGGGGGACUCAUUCCCGAAUGACUCUUCCCUUGCUUAAGAACUUCGAACCAUUUCCUGUUUCCUAACUGCUUUUGUUUAAAAUCACUCUCACUACACGUAGUCCCGCUAGAUAACAAGUAGUCACGGAGUAGGCAGUAGAUCUAGACCCCGCUUUGAUAAAUUGAACUUGCCACUAUUCUGCAUUUCCAUUAUGCGAUUGCACUUGGUCGCAAUUUGGUGUUGUGUUUUAGCGUGUCAAGUUUUUGGCGCCGUUGCCGGGGACCCUAGGUUAUUGUAGAAACGUGAACGUCUGUUAAUUUAGCAUUUUCUUUACUGCAUUCUCUCUCUUCCACCUGUGCGCCUUCACGCGUUGCUUUUGCUGAUUGCGUGCAGGUAGUGCGUGACCUGUAGCCAGUCGGGAGAUCUACUGCCAUUGGACCAGGAAAUUGAACUAACAUGUCAUAAACUCAAGCGGACUUUAAAGGUGCGACUGGCUGCAGAGGAGGCUCUUGCAUAGCUGCACAUCAACCAAGAGGAAGACAUGGGUGAGCCACAGAACAAUGAUGUGGUUGUCCCCAAUGAGAACACCAUUGGAUACUAUUGGACUGCCCGAGCCGCAGACAUGAGGUCUCCCUUCCAGCACCGUGAAGUUCCAACUAAUAACUUCGAGGUGAGCACCUCUGUCAUCACCAUGUUGCGCGCCUCGGUGGUAUUCCGUGGAAAGGAGGGGGAGUGUCCCAGAUCGCAUCUGUGGCGAUUCCACGAGCUCAUCGAUGGAAUCAAGAUAAAUGGGGUCCCAGCCGAUGCCAUCCAGCUGAGAUACUUCCCAUUCACUCUGGAGGGUCAGGCCAAGGAGUGGCUGAACACUCGGCCUCUAGGCUCGAUCACCACGUUCGCCAACCAGGUGGACAAGUUCCUCACCCGCUAUCAUCCUCCGUCAAAGACGGCGGACCUGCAGAAGCAGAUCACCCACUUUGCCCAGGAGGUAGAUGAAACCAUUUGGGAUGCUUGGGAAAGAUACACUAGUCUUUUCCUGAAGUGUCCCAAUCAUGGUUUCAAUGACGCCUUCAAGGUGGGCACAUUCUACCACGCCCUCUUCCCAGAAGACAAGCAGCUGAUUGACUCGGGUUGUGCCGGGAACAUGCUGACCAAGACGCCGCCGUAGUUGAAUCAGCUCUUUGAGGAGAUGGCAGAGAAAUGAUAUGACUGGGAUACUGCUAGGAGGUUGAGGCGCGUACCAGGCCGGGGUGUAAAUGUUGUGGGCACCCAGUCUUCCAAUUUGGUGCAGGUUGUGUCUAAACUAGUCUCAGCCAUCAAUCGGAAUGGGAUGAUUCCGGGGACAGGGCAGCAGCAGGCAAUGCAUUGCCAGUGGUGUGAGAGUGCCCAUCAUACUGUAAAAGACUGCCAGGCCAUGCGUGAGUCCAGUACACCACAGGAGCAUGUGAACUUCAUCAACAAUGCAGGCGCAACGACCCUUACAGUAAUACCUACAAUGAGGGAUGGUGCCAGCAUUCAAAUUUCUCCUAGAGUGGCAAUAUUAAUCCCAAGCCACCUAGCUUCCAAGCUCCUGCAGCUGGUUUUCAAAACCAGAGGCAGCCAUACAUGGCCCUUUAUCAGCCCAGACAGGGGCAAGCUUUUCAGUAGCCCCCACAUCAGCAGUACCAGCAGUUUGGUGCAUCUUCAUCUGUCCCAGCAUCUGUCCCAGCACCAGGCGAUCCCGUGUUAGAACUGCGGGGUUAAGUGACCACUUUGGCCAGCACUAGUACCCAGAAAUUCAAUAAAUUGGAGCAAUUCAU